UUGCAGUUUCGAACUUCAUGUAAAGAAGUGCUUUUAUGUUUUUAUCUCGUGUUAGAUUUAUUAAAAAAUCCUUUUCAUUAUAUUUAUUAUGUUAAAAUAAUCAAGACACUACUUGCGAAAAUACAGUGAAAUCAUUUUGAAAACACUGUCAAAACACCUUGAGAGCAAAGUGACAUCGACUCGACUCGACCGACCGACAACGCCGCCAUCGCCAUCUCGCUGUGGCUGUCCGCUGUGUAUAGUGUGUUUGGAUCUCAGUCUCAGUAUACAACAAUCCAUUUGACAAAUGGAGUUUUUCUGUGCUUUUUACUCUGGCAUGUCAGUUUGUUGGAGAUGAAUUUUAAUGAUCAUUGAAAUUCAAUAAUUACAAUCAUUAGUGCACUUAAUUAGUUUGAUAUCGUAAUUGUGUGUUUGCUGGUGCACGUAUUGUGUGUGUGUUAUCAUCUGGUUUUCGUGGUACACUUGUCGUGACUUCUGUCAAAUUUUAUCCAAAGACUUGGAAUUGGAAGUCAUCGACGGACGAAAAUCACCCUGGCUGUUGAUUGGUCAUGGAUGGCCGCGUAAACGGGUACGAAAAAUUUGGAAAGAAACGCCGUCAAUGGGAAGAUACUGGAGUACAUGAACUAAUAAAACUUUGGAAGUGUUGUGCUUAUGAGCUAAGAACUAUCAAACGUAAUGGACAUCUCUAUGUUGCUAUGGCAAAGCAGUUAUCUGCAAUAGGAGUACCAGUCACAGCAUUAGAAGUUCAUUUUAAAGUUAAUAAUUUAACACAACGUUAUAGACAAGAAUCAAAAACCUACGAAACUACAGGAAUUGUGAGUACUUGGAAGUUUUACAGCUUGGUGGAUGAUGUAUUCAAAAGUUUAUCUGGACAUCCAUCUAACACAUUCAAAACUGAAAAAAGAGUAAUGACACCUGCAAGCAAUGCGAGUAGUAUAUCCGAUUCGUCAGUCUGGAAAAAUUCAAUGUCCGAGCCAGAGUUUAGUAAUAACUCCGAACCUUUUUACAAAACCGAAUAUAUGCAACCCCGUCAUUAUAUGGAGCCACCAUCGCAUGGAAACUCCACAAAUCCUGAAGUUCCGGCAUUCAUGAGUAAUUCGCGCAUGAAUGAAAGCAAUAUGAACUCAAUGACACCAAGUGUGCCCAAUGGUGGUGAUGAUGAUUUUGUCGGUCGACUAAGUAAAAUUAAAAAAUCCGAUGACUACGACAAACUGGUGGAUAUUGUUAAAAAUAUUGUUGAUAAUUAUAAAACCGGACAACCGGACAAGGUUGACUCGUUUACAGAUUUCUUAAAAUCAUACUUACGAAAGUGGCCCGAUCGAAUGCAAGACGAGGCAAUCAAUCAUAUAACAAAUUAUAUCAUUGUCAAGAAUAUGGAGCAUACAAUAAGUAGCGCAGCUGCUAAUAGGCAAUAAGAAUCAAAACAGUAUAAUGAAAGUGUAAUAUUAGGUUUAUAGGAAAGAAAAGAUGACAAACAAAAAAACUAAAAUGACUUUUUAUUAUAGAAUAUAAAGCAUACAUAAGAAUGUACUUAAAUCUAAAUAAAUAAUAUAUUUAAUAGACUUAUUUAAAAA